AUGUCUAGUUUCCACCCCGAAGUACUUUGGGCACAACGUCAAAAUGAAGUUUAUAUUACCAUAAAUUUAACCGAUGUCAAAGAUCCAAAAAUUGACGUGACCAAAGAUAAAAUUUCUUUCCAGGGAAUUGGAGGAACAGAGCAAAAAAUGUACGAAUUUGAAUUAGAAUUAUACAAAGAAGUUAAUCCAGAGGCUUCAAAACGCUCGCAGACUGCACGUAGUAUUAUUCUUGUGCUUGAUAAGGCUGAACAUGGUCAAAAAUAUUGGCCACGUUUACAAAAGAGCCCUGGUAGAGAUGAGGAUGAGGAUGAUGAAGACUAUCCUGAAUUGGAAAAUACUAAUGAUAUUACUAAGACGAGUGAACUAAAGGAAGAAUCUAUUAAUGAGGCUGUUCAAGAGGAGGAUCCUGUUAAGGAAGAUCCUAUUAAGGAAGCAGAAAAGGACUAA